AUUACUUGAUAGGGACAGCUGAUAUUGCACUCUCGAAAAACUGUGAUCAGUCUUUAUUGAAUAUUUAAAGGAAAGAGGGAAUACAUGCAAUGGCCAUUGGUUAAUAAAUGACUUAUUUUUGUAGAAGACAAUUAUUCACCAGAACCUUGAGCUUGCUAUCUGUUGUUCUUAUCAUGAGGCUACAAUGAAACAAACUUUCAAUUCCAAAUUAAACAUUCAAUCUGCCUCUGUUACUAUCAGUAGCGUUUGGUGAUGGGUACCCAUAUUGUUACAAGACAAAACUUGAGGGCUGCAACUGGCAAGGGACCCUUUUCCCCUUCCUCUCACACUCUCUUAAGGCAGAUAGAUAGAAAGAGAUGCCUUGAGUUGCAGUUUUAUCUUGGCAGUUGCAAGAGAAAAGGUCAGUAGAGAAUGGGAGAGGUUUUUGCCGGGGAAAUGUAAAGCUUCAUUAAAAAUUUCCUUCUUUACAGACACCAAAGUUGGUGGCAAUUUGAACCAUGUUAUCUUUCAUCUCCUCUUUAGGCUUUGGUUUGAGCGUUGUUGAUAAAUAGGUGUCAAACGGUCGGCUCAAUCGUUUGGCUGAUUGGUCCGGUCGGUUCAAUUGGGUCGGUCUGAGUUUACACCUCUGUACCAUACCUCCAUCAUCUUCUUUCUCUCUCUAUAUCAGUAUAUAAAUAUAGCUCUCAGCUACUGCAUUCUCAAAGUUGAUUGGAAGUUGAGAGUUGCUCGUUUUCACCAUCCUUUCCUUUCCAAGGCUCAGUACUUAUCUGAGUCUCGACUACUCAGCAGGUUCUUCAUGGGGGUAUGGCUUCCUCCUCCUCUGUUGCUAAACCAGGAGGCACCGAUGAGUCUAAUAGGAAGCUUGGGGAGCUUCUUCAGGAGCAACAAGAGCCAUUCCUGCUCGAUGUAUACCUUCUUGAAAGAGGGUAUCCCUCCUCCACUCGAAGGAAAGGAAGAAAACAUCACUACUCUGUAACUGCUACCAGUGGUUGCUACCCCUGUUCCUGCCCCCGCAAUAUUUCCGAUAGGAACUUGAAGACGUUCCCCACCACCACCAGUGGUUAUGGUUUGAAAUUGAAUACGCCAAUAAGAGUCGUAAGGAAUCUAAGCAUCCCACGCAAUAUCCAUCCCAGGGUUCCGACCACCCUACGUAACAUUAACAAGCUUCUUUCUGUCUCCACUAGUCACCGGAAAACAACCAAGUCUCACCACUUCCGAGCUUGUCACGACGAUGGAAGGGUUGGGAUAGAUGCAGUUGCUCCUUCUGAGUUGGAGGAAACAAUCCAUCAUUCUCAGGCUGCGGAAUUGGGUCGGGUUUCCUCAUAUAUCACCACCACCACCACCACCACCACCACCGUGUUUGAUUCCUGUUCCGACAGAGAUAAACAUCAUCAAGAAGAAGUGUCUGCGUCUGUAUCUGUGUCCCCCUCCUCAAACCAGCAGGAUCACGUCCGUUCUUCUUCUGCUCACCAUUCGCAAGCCUCGAAAUUUUGGAAUCUGAACCAACAAGAGAUUGCCACAGACAAGGAAUAUCAAUGGGGAUGCAUUGAAGACUGUAAUAAGCAACUGAGCCCUGUGUCGGUGCUAGAAGAAGUAUCAGUACCACCCCCUGUUUCUUCGCUCUAUAUCCAUCUUGUCAACCGGCAAAAACCAUGGGAAAAACCAAAAACAGAUGGUUUGCGCCCCAGAGGAAGAAGAACAAUAACAACCUUCACACGCAGAGAGGAAGACCAGGAGGAGAAAAAGGCUGCAUCGACUCCAAUUCCCAAUCAACUCAACAACUUCAGAGUUACAGAAGACUCCAUACUCUCAGCUUCCCUGUGGGAGCUACUGUUGCAGCGCUCACUGGCACAGAAACGGGGUUCAGGUGGAACAGAAGCAGUACUAAGGGAGUUUCUGGGGUCCGAGGGUUUAGAUUCUUCUUCUCAUUCUCAUUCUCAGUACGUGAAGACCAAGAGGCUAUUGCAGCAAACUAGGCAGCUUCUUUUCGACUGCGUGAGGGAGGCCGUUGAGAAGUACCGAACUGGAAGUGGAAGGAGGAGGAGGAGGAGGUGCCAUGGUGGUCUUAAUCGAUUCGUAGGACCUGAGGAGCUCGGGAGGAUCAUCUGUGAAGAGAUCCUCGUGUGGGGGAAACAAUCAGUAGAUAUAGCGAACGUUAACCAGCUGAUUGAAGCUGAUGUCUCGGAAACGAUGGAGGAAGAAGGGUGGAGUGGUUUUUUGAACCCACAUAGUCAUAGUAUCGGGAAUGAGAUUGGAUUGGGGAUUGCAGAUGCCAUCAUGGGGGAGAUGAGCAAUGAGAUUGUUAGUGACAUGAUUCACAUCUCUGCAUUUAAUACCCAUAAAAGCAAAUUGAAAACCUCUUCUUCUUGUUCCUGUUGAAUCAUCUAUGUCGAUCACUGAUCAAACAGAGCUAAGGGAGUAAAUCGGUCUGGAGCCAGGUUUUUUGUUUGGUCUUGUUUCGGUGCCUGGGAGUAUUUAGUGUAAUCCAAAAUUGGAUCAAGUCCUGUUUCAAUUCCGAAGAUCAGUACUCGUAUGGGACCUGUUAUGGUUUCAUUUACUAUUCAAUUUUCAAAUUUGAUUCUUAUAUGAUUCGAUUCCAG